UAAUACUCUGGGGGUUGAAUCUUCUGGUAACUAUUCUCUCCCUUUUAAAUUUGACCAACUUGUAAGCAAUAGUCACAGCAUAAACAAAAUUUUAACUUGCUUAUGGUUUACAUAGAACACUACAGAAAGCGCCAUGAAAAGACAAAUACGAAGCGCGGGGGCUCGGUCCACUGACUAUCUUAUCCCAUCUGCCGACAAAAGGUCAAUGAGCGGCGACCGUCCUCGCUCUCACAAGUCUUUCCGAGGUGAUGCAAGGUCAACGCGAAGUCAGUCACGCUCAUCUGUUAUUGACACCCGAUCCCCAAAAGAUUUACGAGCGGACUUUGGACAUAGAGAAAAUGAAGAGUUACAAGAAAAGACUAAAGAAGCCCUCGGAAAUUUGAUCGUGCGCAAGGAAGAACUAGAAUCAAAAGGGAUCGAAACAGAGAUAAUGUACAAAGAACUGAUGAAUUGCGUAUCACCCUGGAGACGUAAGAAGCUGCAGCAAGAGGCUGACGAAUCCCAAGCUGCUCUGGAUGACGCGCUGAAAGCGGCCGAUGAACUAAUGAAGCAAUCUAAGCAGGCCUUUGAUGCUUAUCAAACCGUGCAGGAUGCUAAGCGCAAGGAGGCAGCAGCCGGCGAUCUGUUCUGGAAGUCCAAGGUCAUGCACAAGACACUCACUGCGUGCAUUCAAGUUGCUUGCAACGCGGAGAGUGCUCGUGACCAGCUGGCCUGGGCUGACAAGAUGGGGAAAAUCAUGAACUCCAUGAUGUCAAUUUUCCAAAUUUUAGAUGACCUUAAGCACCAGCUGUCCAAGGAAAGGGCGCUGACCAAGUCGCUGACGACUCUGGUGCAGAAGAGUGACGAGGGCGGCGCGCUCGAUCUGCGCGCUCUCAGCGGACACGGUGACGAGGACAUCGCGCUGCUGCUGGCGCGCGCCAACAGCAGCCUGAAGCGUCCGGCCGAGCCCGACCUGUUCCCCAGCCGCUGGAGCUUCUUCCAGCGCCGCCGGCUGUCGCUGCUGCUGGCCGCCGUGCUGUUGCUGAUCGGCGGCUGCUGGCUGACGGCAGCGCCCGACCAGCGGCCGGCCGAAGUGCUGGUGCAGCUGCUGCGGCUGCCGGGGGCGGCGCUGCACUCGGCCGGUCUACUGCACAGUGGCGAGCCCUCCUGGUGGGAGGCGGGCCAGCUCUGGCUGGUCAGUGUCAUGUACAGUCUGGUCUGCUGGAUCCCCGGCCUAUGCAACAACGAGCCGGCCGGCUGGUCACUGGCGGAAAAACUGACCGUCUAGGAAGCGCCAGGCGAAACCCAAUACGAUCUCUUGUGUUUCGUGAGAUGCGCUGGCUGAAGGACCUGUGUCAGCGCCUUCAUCCCAACCGAACACCCAUGUCCCUGUCACUGUGCAGUCUUCAAGGAGUCAAACAAUAAAAUUUGGGCAGAGUGA